GACUGAGGAUUCACUGAUUAUUUGCCCAUAAGGUAUGGAAGUCCUUUGAGGAUAAUUCUUCAAGUAAAAGACUGAGUAGUAAUUCAAUUGGGUUAUUUCAAUAUUCUUUCCCAGAGAGCACUUUUUUAUAUGAUACAGUUUUAAAAAUGAAAGUCUCAUGUUCACUACUGGAUCCCAGAUUUUAGAAGGAUCAUUCAGAAACUGGUGCCAUUCCCAUGAAAAGUGACCAACUUGACAGCCUUGAAAUUACCUUAACUGACCAGAGUGAAAUUAUUUCCUACUGGGGCUACCCAGAUGAAAAGUAUGAUGUCAUAACUAAAGAUGGCUAUAUCCUUGGCCUUUACAGAAUUCCUUAUGGGAAGACGAAAAGUUUUAACAAUACAGCUCAGAGGUUUGUUGUAUACUUGCAACAUGGCUUGUUUACAUCUGCCAGCAGCUGGAUUUCCAAUCUACCUAACAACAGUCUGGGCUUCCUUCUGGCAGAUGCUGGUUAUGAUGUGUGGAUAGGGAACAGCAGAGGGACUACCUGGUCCAGGAAACACAUAUACCUAGAAACAAAUUCCAAAGAAUUCUGGGCAUUCAGUUUUGAUGAAAUGGCUAAAUAUGACCUUCCAGCCUUCAUUGAUUUCAUUAUAAACCGAACUGGACAAAAAGAAAUUUUUUAUGUAGGACAUUCACAGGGCACUACUAUUGCUUUUAUAACAUUUUCCACCAUGCCAAAGAUAGCUGAAAGAAUCAAAAUAUUUUUUGCCUUAGCACCAGUUUUUUCCAUUAAAUACUUAAAAAGCCCUUUAGUUAAAAUGGCAUACAAGUUGCAGUCAGUGUUCAAGGCUUUUACCGGCAACAAAGACUUUUUAUCUAAUACUUCAUCUAAAAGAUUCAUUGGUUCAAAGUUGUGUCCACUAAAGAUUUUUGGUGUUCUAUGCCGUGAAUUCUUGUUUAUGAUAUAUGGAUAUGACACAAAGAACUUAAAUAUGAGUCGCUUGGAUGUAUAUAUGUCACAAAACCCAGCAGGAACAUCUGUUCAAAAUAUACUUCACUGGAGUCAGCUUUUUACUUCUAGGCAACUGAAAGCUUUUGACUGGGGAAGUCCUGCUCAGAACUUGGCUCAUUUUCAUCAGACAGAAUCUCCAGUGUACAAUGUGUCAAAUAUGAAUGUAUCAACUGCUACUUGGAAUGGUAACAAUGACUACUUGGCUGAUCCUGAAGAUGUCAGAGUUUUACUUUCUGAAAUCACAAGGCACAUUUACCACAAAACCAUUUCUUACUACAAUCAUCUAGACUUUUUGUUUGGAUUAGAUGUAUAUGAUAAAGUUUAUCGUGAAAUCAUUGAUAUUAUGCAAAACAAUCUAUAAAGAACCGUGACAAUCUGUGUUGGAGGAUCUAUACAAUUUUAUUUAAACUGAGUGUUUUUUUUCUUACUUUCUUAUCAAAAUAAAGUCUGAACAUUUUUUC